AUGAAAUUUACUUCUAGAUUAUUUGGUACCGGUAUUCUAGCAGCUUCAGCAGUUUUAUUAUUAUUCACCGCAACAUCGGUUAAUGCAUGUGAAGAAGAUUGCCGUGUAGGAAUUUCUCACGCAUUUGCCGACAAGUAUGCUCUUGAGAUUGCUCCAAAAUUUAAUUCGUUUAACGCUAGUGUUAACAAAAACAUUUUCAAAAAAUUCAACGUUACGGACUUUGUAGCCUCUAAUAAAGUCAAAAAAUUAAAAACUGGUGUUUUAUCAGCUUUAACAAAAAAAAUCUCAACUUUAAAAAAAUCAUUUAUAACCAGUCUCACUCCUUUGAUUCAAAAAUCAAUUUUCGAACAAAAACCAAAAUUCAAAGGUCAAUGCCAAGUACCAGAAAGAGUUAAACAACCACCACCUGGUGUACCAUGGAAAGAGGGUGAUUGUGAAAAACAAGAUUACAUUUGUGGAAAUCCUCCUGCUAUUUGCCAUUUUAUGAAUUCAAUUGUCAAGCCACGUAACAUCAAGAAUGUUAUAGGAUCGCUUAGUUCAAAAGAGGGUCCUUUCUUUAACACUUUAAAUUCUGAAAUCAAGAAAGUAACUGCCAAAUUCGUUACCAACAAAAAUAAAUUAAAUGGCCUUAAUAGUGCACUUGCUAAAAAUCUUAAAGGGCUUUUGGCUCGUUUUGUUAAAGACUUUAAAGCAAAAUUCUGUAGUGGAACAACCUGUGACAAAUAUGAUAAAAAAAUCAAAAAACUUCUUUUACAAAAGGCCAAUAAUUUGAUUGAUCACCCCUAUAGAAAUGCAUAUUCGACAACCCCAUUCUCUCGCGAAAUCGAAGAAUUAUUAUCGACUGCUCGUAAAGGUCGGAGGAUUUUUGAUCAACAACCCUAUCAAAUGUUAGCCUUCUGCAAUGAAUUGAUGCUCAAAGACGACUUUUAUUUAAAUGUGGUGGAUUGGUCAAUUUACAAUAUAUUAAGUUUGGGUUUAGAAAAUAUGAUUUAUCUUUGGAAUACAGCAACUAAAUGCGGUACUCAACUUGCUGUUGGUACGGUAGACGGAAAGGUACAAAUUUGGGAUGUUGUCACUUCAACAAAAAUACGUGAUUUCACUGGACAUUCUUCACGCGUUGGGGCUCUGGCUUGGAACAAUAACGUACUUAGUACUGGUGGUGCUGAUCGUAUAAUCUAUCAAAAAGGUGACCAAUUAGCUAGUGGUGGUAAUGCCAAUGAAUUAUAUGUCUGGGAAAAAUCUAACGAUCACGAACCAGCUUUGAAAUUGGAAAAGCAUAAAGCGGCUGUUCGUGCCUUGUCUUGGAGUCCUCAUGAUCGUAAUAUUUUGGUGAGUGGUGGUGGUCAUUUGGAUAGACAAAUAUGUUUCUGGAAUACGUUGGAUGGAAGAUCGUUGGGUGUUCAUAAUUCCAAAUCUCAGGUUUGUAAUUUACAAUGGUCACCUAACGCGAAUGAAAUAGUUUCGACUCAUGGAUGGUGGAGAAAUGAUGUGAUAGUUUGGCAAUAUCCAUCAAUGAAAAAAUUGGCCACUUUGAAAGGACACACAUAUCGUGUCUUGUAUUUUUCUCUUGCACCUGACGGAGAAGAUAUUGUCACGGGAGCAGGGGGUGAUGAUAACACUUUAAGAUUCUGGAAAAUUUUUAAUACCCCUCGCGAUAAAAGUUUAAAGAAACCCGAUUCUGUAUUGAAAUUGGACCGACUAAUUCGUUAG